AUGUUUAUACCGCAACCCUAUGCUGGAUUGACUGUUGGUAGUGUUACUCUCCAGUCGAAACGACUGCCAUUGGCUAUGAAUCGUAACAACUUUGGCAUACAGAAUGAGGGCAUCGAUUUUGUCAAUGCCUCUGCGACGUCUACACCCAAAAAGCGUCAAGUACCAACGAACACAGAGCCGACAGUGGUCACUGUGUCUGUUAAAUACCCUUUGAAAUCAAAGCAGAAGAAACUCAGGGGUGAUUUUGCAAAACUUGGCAAAGCUUUAGUGCACAAAAAUAAUGUUGGAAUUGCAAAUACUAUUACUAAAUCGAUACACCUGUGUGAAAGGUAA